AUGUCCCGCCUAGCUUCAUUAUCUGCGUCAGCGCGAAGGCCUCUCGUCCGUACAUCAGUGAGACAAUCACAGGGGUUCUCGACCUCGUCCAAAACCUGGAGUUAUGCGGACACGCUACCGAAUUUAAAGAUAGGAGCUCACACGCGGGUCUUGUUCCAAGGAUUUACAGGCAGACAAGCCACUGCCAACGUCAAGGAGUCGUUAGAAUGGGGCACGAAAAUUGUUGGAGGCGUUAAGCCGGGCGUCGAGGGAGAGCAUCUCGGCCUUCCGGUAUUCCCAUCUGUAAAAGCGGCACAAGAGAGAGCGAAACCGGACGCAUCAGCGAUCUACGUGCCUGGUAACCAGACUGCAAAGGCGAUUGAAGAGGCGAUAGAAGCAGAAAUUCCGCUUGUUGUAGCAGUGGCGGAACAUGUUCCCAUCCAUGAUAUUCUUCGAAUCCACUCCAUGCUGAAGACCCAGUCAAAGACGAGAUUGGUCGGAGCCAACUGCCCGGGGAUCAUCUCUGCAAUUGGCAAAUGCCGAAUCGGAUUCCAGCCUCUGCCCUGCUUCGCACCCGGCAAUAUUGGCAUUGUUGCAAAGUCAGGGACACUGAGCUAUGAGACUGUCGCGUCCACAACGCGGGCAGGUCUGGGGCAAAGUCUCUGUAUUAGUAUGGGAGGUGAUGUUCUAGCGGGAACUAAUUUCGUCGAUGCACUGAAGAUCUUUGAAGACGACCCUGACACCGAUGGGAUUAUCCUGGUUGGUGAGAUUGGUGGCACGGCAGAGAUAGAUGCAGCGGAGUGGAUCAAGGACUACAAUCAGAGAACUGCUAAUCCCAAGCCGAUAAUGGGCCUCGUUGGAGGCUUGCAUGCUCCUCCUGGGCGGAUCAUGGGCCAUGCAGGUGCUUGGACAGCGAUUGGGGAGCCUGGCGCCAAGGCCAAGUAUGAAGCGCUCGAACGCGCCGGCGUAGUGAUGGUCAACCAUCCCGAGAAGUUUGGAGAGGGGAUGAAGUCUCUUCUGGGAACUAGGGGGCGUGUGGGCACUACUGUAGGUUUGAGACUCGCGAACCACGACAGCUUACUUACAUGA